AUGGUCACACAGACACAAACCCAGACAGAGAGCUUCGUCCUCCAAACUAAACCUCCAGCUGAGCCAACGUCAGAGGAACCCACCAUUCUACGGGAACCAGAAGUCGAGGAACCGCCACAGCCAAAAUGGCUCUACCCCAAGCUCCUCAGCGCCGGAGUCUCAUUCUUCAUGGCCGGGAUAAAUGAUGGCAGUCUGGGCUCACUGGUUCCAUACAUAAUACGCAGCUAUGCCAUCGACACGAACAUGGUCGCUAUACUGAACACAAUCUCACAAAUCCCCACCAGAUACGGCGUUACAUUCUUCGGAUGGCUAUUCGCGGCCAUCUCCAACAGUUUCAUCUGCCAACGUCUCGAUCUAGGCAUAAUCCUUUCCCUCGGCGCCACUCUACAAAUCCUCGCCCACGUCUUACGUACCUGGCUCCCGCCCUUCCCGCUGUACGCCGUGACCUUCUUCCUCGCAAGUCUCGGCCAGGCAUACAACGACACCCAUGCUAACACGUUUGUUACUUCCGUGCGUGGGGCCCACCGCUGGCUCGGCUUCAUACAUGCCAUGUACAUGGCUGGAUGUCUAGUCGGGCCCUUCGUUGCUACGGCGGUUGCCUCUGCGAACGCUCACUCAAAGUGGAAUCUGUUUUAUAUUUUCCCCUUGGGUGUUGGAGUUAUUAAUAUGGUUUUGGUGGGCUUAUCGUUCCAUGAUCGAAUGCUCUUGUCACCGAAGAGGAAAUCGAGAUCGGAUACUGCCGAGUCUGAACGUGAGUCGACGGGGAAGACUGCCUUGAAGGAAAUCAAAGCCACUCUUUCUAUGCCAGGUGUGUGGCUGCUGAGUCUGUAUUUCUUUUUCUUCCUUGGUGCGGGUAUUACUUCCGGUGGAUGGAUGGUCGAGUACCUCGUCAAUGUCCGGAAUGGAGAUGUCAAAGACAUGGGUUAUGUCCCCGCGGGUUACUAUGGAGGUGGCUUCCUGGGCCGUCUGCUUCUCGCAGAGCCAACUCACCGACUAGGAGAACGCCGUAUGAUAUUCAUCUAUGCCGUUGUGUGCCUUGGAUUGCAACUUGCUUUCUGGCUGGUUCCGAAUAUCAUCACCGAAGCGGUCGCCGUCAGUCUGCUAGGCUUCUUCGCUGGCCCCUUCUUCGCAACCGGCAUCUCUGUCGGAUCCAAGAUGUUUCCUCCAGAAAUAGUCUCCUCAGCAAUCGCAUUCGUCUUCGUCCUCGGCCAAAUCGGCGGAUCCAUUUUCCCGGCCAUUACAGGUGUCAUCGCCGCACAGGUCGGUGUCAAGGUCUUGCAGCCGAUACUGGUUGGACUACUGGGUGCCACAGCAAUCAGCUGGCUACUUCUUCCGAAGCCUAUCGAGCUUCAUCGGGACUAG